GCGCAAAUCCCGGGAUGCUGGUUGCCAUGGUUUCCCGGAUCACAUGCCCGCCUUGCAUGUAGCCAGUAGCGGGGGAGAAUAAAAGAUGCCAGCUCUUGCCAUUUUUACGCCUGCAAAUUAGAGGACGCGAUCGGACACGCGUGGAAAUAUACGUGCGGAUGGUGGAAUAGCGAAUCCGUCGCGUUCUCUCUAACGCGUAAUUAUUAUUCUCAGCAGACGCGGCGAAAGAGCGGACCCGUUUGAUUUGAAUUCUUUUUCACGCGCAAGAUCGGGCCGAAUUUUGCGCACAUUUCACGGGAGCGCCGAUCGUCAGGAAUGAGUAUAGAAAUCCCAGAGGGCUUGACGGAGCUUUUGCAGAGCUUUACCGUGGAGGUCCUGAGGAAUCAGCCCGGGGAUCUGCUGGAGUUCGCCCUGCAGUACUUCACCCGGCUCAAGGAGAACGAGACCCGCGGUGGCGCGUUCGGCAAUGAGCACAAUUCGGCCGGGCGAACGGGCAAAGCCGUCAACUUCAUCGAGGAGGCCAUGCAGAUCGACUCUGAGAACGGAGAGGAAGACGACGAUGAUGAAGAAUUCGUAGCUCCAAUCAUCAACAGAUUUGUCCGGAGAGCUUCUGUAUGUGCAGAGGCGUAUAACCCUGAUGAGGAUGAAGAGGAGAGGGAACCGAGGGUCACUGAACCCAAAACAGACGAGCAGAGGCAAAGACUACAGGAAGCAUGCAAAGACAUCAUACUGUUCAAAAACCUGGACCAGGAACAGAUGUCCCAAGUGUUGGAUGCCAUGUUUGAGAAGAUAGUGGUGACGGGGGAGCACAUUAUUGAUCAAGACGACGAUGGCGACAACUUUUACGUCAUUGAGAGAGGAACAUUUGAGAUUCUGUUGAAGGCCGACAGCACCACACGGACCGUGGGAUCUUAUGAUGACCGUGGGAGUUUUGGAGAGCUCGCCCUCAUGUACAACACCCCAAGGGCGGCCACCAUCAUUGCUACCUCAUCUGGAGCCUUGUGGUGCCUAGAUCGACUGACGUUCAGAAGGAUCAUCGUAAAAAACAACGCAAAGAAAAGAAAAAUGUACGAGGCUUUUAUCGGGACCCUUCCGCUGCUCACGUCACUAGAGGUUUCAGAGAGGAUGAAAGUUGCUGAUGUUUUGUCAACCAAAUCAUACAACAGUGGGGAACAGAUCAUCGCUCAGGGUGAUUUGGCUGAUUGCUUCUACAUCGUAGAGUCAGGAUACGUCAAGAUUGCUAUGAAGAGGAGCAAAUCAAAAAAUGAUUCUGAAGACGAUGAAGUGGAAAUCGCCACAUGCUCUAGGGGGCAGUAUUUUGGAGAGUUGGCUCUCGUCACCAACAAACCACGAGCGGCAUCUGCAUAUGCUGUGGACAACGUCAAAUGCUUAGUAAUGGACGUGCAGGCGUUUGAGAGGUUAUUAGGCCCCUGCAUGGACAUCAUGAAACGGAACAUUGCGAAUUACGAAGAGCAGCUGAUCACACUCUUCGGGAAUCAAAUGGCAAUAGAGGAGCCGAAUGCAUGAAAUCAGUUCAUCAUUUAACAUCGCAAACUAAAAAUGAAACAUGAAAUGAUGAGAAAAUGGUAAGUAGCGGCCUGUGGUGAAGAAAUCGCGCUAACAUGGGUCAUAAGCUUGAAGUUAUUUUUUUGCAUUCACAGAUAAGAAACUCUGGGGUUUGUCAAAGAUGAUGAUUUUUAGAUGUGAAUAGCCAAAUGUAUGAACGUUUGCAUCUGGGAUAUGUGAGGGGUUUUUUUUUCCACGGGUUAAUCAAUUUGGGGACAUAUUUGAAAUUUAGUACAAAAUGGUUACAUGGUUAAUGUUUCAUUAACAUGUUAAGGAGGCAAUGACUGCAUCUUUUAAAGUGAUGUACACAUACAAUUUGCCAGAUUGUUUCAUUGCCAUAUACAGCUCCUACACAGUAAUGUUAUUUUCCUCUUAAAGAUAUACUUUUGAGUUCUUAUCUGCAUUUCCACAGUCUUCAGUGUUUUCAGUGUCACAUGCAAUUAAUUUAACGUAUGUCUACCAUUUUUGACGAACAAAGAAUUAAUUAAUUUAGCACCUGCAGUUUGGAAGAGCUAGACACUUGCUUCAUAAUUUGCAUUUCUAUCACAACUAAUACAACGUAAACAAUUACAUUUACCUAAUUAGAACCAUUCCCCCAAGUCAAACUGAAGUAAAAAUUGUACCCGUUUACUUUCUUAAUAAACGUUUCUUGUCUUUCAUGCACGAUUCAUCAUUAUCAUUAUUUAUUAAGUCUAACCCACUUUUUACGAUCCAAUCAAAUUCCCCGAAAUCAAGCCACGCCCUACAUAUUUUCCUCAUUGAAUACCUGGUUUCACUCUGAAAUGCGUCAGAUUAUAGAAAGUAAAAUGGGUCGCGAACAGUGUUUCACGUUGACUUUAAUGCUCAAGUUUGAUGAAAACGUCACAAGUUAGUAUACUUUCCAAUCACGGAAAAACAAAUUGCUUGGGAAUACGGUAUGAGAAAAGAACAUAUACAUGCACAGGAUCAAAUAUAUGAAAGACAUGGAAAUGCAGUUUGAAUAUUAUUGCACUUUGAUGCCAGUGAAAUGAAAAUCCUGAUUUAUGGAUGCACAGCUCUAAAUGUUUUCGAUUCCUUGUUUUUGCACAGUCUUAAAAGCUCUUACUGUUACUUAUGAAUAUAGACAACAUAGACAUUGAGUAUUAACUUUUUUGAAUGGUGUAGCACAUUUAUAUACUUUGUUAACAUCCUCAUUGAUUGAUGCAUCUGUCAAAAUUGAGGUUGUGUUUGUGUGUAACUGAAGUAUUUCACACUGAAUUAAGAAAUAUUUGACAUGCACAAACAAUAUGUUCACAUAUGUUUUCUAGAAACGUCUGCUUCAUCUUAAUUUAGUGUCUUUCUACCUUUUUGUUUUUAUUCCACUUAAUUCUUUAUUUCUGAGAUUAUUGGACAAUGUAUUUAUCUCUCGCUGUUAUUGUCUGAGAAGUAUGUCCUCCUUGUUGAUUGGAUGUUUCUUGCUUCAACAGCAAGUCACUUGCAUUUACUAGUAAUUUCCAUUUUUUCCUAAAACAUUACUGAAGACUAUUCAUUACUCUCUACCUCUAAUAUAAAUGACUUCAUCAACUCUUCCCAUUUAGAUAGAUCCCAACAGGUUCGUUGCUUGGCAGCUGACCUGUAGUGAGCCCAUCUUCUGUAUCUGUGUCGAUGCAACAUUACACCACACUUAUCAUUUCCAGUGCUCAAUUUUGUGUGAAUUUCUGCCGCCUAAUUAAGAUCUUUAAGUCGCUAUUAAUGCUUUUUAAAUCCUGAAAAAUGAAUCAAAGGUCUACAGUCUCUUGGUGCAAGAGAGCCCAGUAUUAUACUGUCAGUGUAUGUUAUAUUUGACUUUCCAUUCA